AUGAGGAUCCUGAAGAAAGUCUUCCAGCUCAUUCUCAAGCGGGAAGCUGGGACUUAUCAGAAUACUGUUAGCACCAAAGAUUUCCUCUUCAAAGUCCAUCCAACUGUGUCUCACGCUGUGGAGCAAAACAGUCCAGUGGUUGCACUUGAGAGCACUAUUAUCACACAUGGCAUGCCCUUUCCACACAACCUAAGCACUGCAAAGGAGGUUGAAGCCAUAGUGCGAGCUGAAGGAGCCAUUCCUGCCACGAUCGGCAUCAUCGACGGGGAGAUCCGUGUCGGACUGUCAUCAGAGGAGCUUGACUACCUCGCUCAGUACAAAACCCCUCUGAAGGUUUCGCGACGGGAUCUCCCUUAUGUGAUUAGCAAAGGUCUUUCUGGGGGAACAACGGUCUCAGCCACCAUGAUAGCAGCACACAGAGCUGGGAUUCCUGUUUUUGUCACAGGAGGCAUUGGAGGAGUUCACAGAGAUGGCCAGAACAGUCUGGACAUCAGUGCAGAUCUAACAGAGCUCGGCAGAACUCCAAUUGCUGUCAUUUCUGCCGGAGUCAAGUCUGUCCUGGACAUUGCCCGUACCCUGGAGUUUCUUGAGACACAAGGAGUGUGUGUUUCAACUUUUGGAGCAUCUAAGAAUUUCCCUGCGUUUUUCACGCCAAACAGUGGAUUUACCUCUGCUUGUAAUGUCCACAAUCCUGACGAGGCUGCAGACCUUAUUGCAAGUGCUUUGUCUCUUGGUCUUCAAAGCGGUGUUCUGAUAGCAGUCCCUAUCCCAGAGGAACAUGCAGCUGUAGGCCAUCAGAUACAGGAGGCAAUAGAAACUGCUCUGACAGCAGUCAGUGUUCAAGGUAUUAAAGGCAGAGAUGUUACACCCUUUAUUCUUCAAAAGGUCAGUGAGUUAACUCAAGGAAAGUCCCUCCAAGCCAACAUUGCUCUGAUUCAUAACAAUGCAAAAGUUGGCAGUCAGAUAGCAUGUGCGCUCUCAAAGCAGAUGAGUAAAAAAAGAACAAAAAGUACAAGUCAGGAUGUUGGAAAACCCCAGAAAGACUCAGAUGUUGUUAUUAUAGGAGGAAUAAAUGUAGAUUUCAUUGCCAAAGGGAAAACAGAAACACUUCAUUUUGGACAGACCAACCCAGGAAGUGUGUGUCAGUCAUUUGGUGGUGUGGGAAGGAACAUCGCUGACUCGCUGAGUAGGUUAGAUAAGAGGCCUCUAUUCAUCUCAGUCACAGGAGCCGAUGCAAACGGUGACGCAGUUUUUAACUACUGCAAACAUAUGAACACGAGCGGUGUAGCCAGGCUGGAAAAGCAGAACACGGCUACAUACUGUGCUGUUAUCAAUCAAAAUGGCGAACUUACUCUUGGCUUGGGAGACAUGGACAUUCAUAAGCAAAUUACAGAACAGUAUGUCUCCCAGUUUGAAAAACAGAUUUCAUCUGCCAAACUUGUGUGUCUUGAUGGAAACCUCCCAGCCCCCACCAUCAACUAUGUCUGUAAUCUUGCUGGAAAGUACAACUUCAAUAUUUGGUAUGAACCAACAGAUACAGAAAAAGCAUGUAAGCCAUUCCUCUCGGAUGCUUGGAAGUAUUUGUCAUAUUCCUCUCCAAACAUGGCAGAGUUGUGCAUGAUGAAUAAAACUCUAGGUCACACAGUGCCUGAAGGUAACUUUUACUUGCUGCCAAGCACUCUUGAUGAGAUCCUGAGGGUUGCUGUGGCUCUCUCACGCCCUCUUCUGGAGAAUCUUCACUGUCUGGUGGUGACUCUUGGACCUUAUGGUGUGCUGCUAUGUGGCGACCACAAUGCAGGCUCAGUUGACCUGCAGCCAAGAAAACAAAAAGGGAAGAGGCAGCUUUGUGCACUACACUACCCAGCAUUGGCUGUAAGCCCAGAGGAGACAAUGAAUGUGUCGGGAGCAGGAGAUAGUUUUGCAGGUGCUUUGAUGGCAGGAAUUCUUCAGGGAAAAGACACAGACAGCUGCGUUCGGAUGGGCCUCCUGGCUGCAAGGAUGUCCCUAACAUCGCCACAUCCCAUCGCACCAGUUCUCACCUUAGAUUCUAUUGACCCCAACAAAACCCAGGGUCAAAAUUGGCCCACGCCACACUUUGUUAGGGUAGACUAA